GCAGCACCCGUUGCUGCGCGACAAGUACAGCUGACCGCGGCCGAGAGGCUGUUGCGUCCCCCGGGCUCGGCGCGUACCCUGCUGGGCCAGGCCAUGGCCGAGCCUCCGGAGGAGCCCUCACCGCAGCCUGUCCCGCAGCCGCAUGAACCAGGUUACGGUCUUUAUCAGCCAGGAUACAGUCCGUAUGAUGAUCAGAUACCCGAUCCCACACAGCAAAUGCUGGCAACUCAGAACGCAAAAGCCUUUUUACUGAAGAGCAGCACAACCUCUGGCCUGAACUUAUAUGAUCAUCUUGCUAAUAUGCUAACAAAGAUCCUGGAUGAACAGCCCACAAAUGCAGUAGACAUAAUUGAGAAUAUCAGCAGGGAUGUGAAGUGGACUCAGUUUCGGAAAAAAAUGGACACUCUUCGAGAUGAACAUGAGAGUCUUCCAACAUUUGAAGCUGCAGAAAAGCGUAGAGCUUUGUUCCUCAAGGCAAAUGGAGAAGAAGAAGAAAUAGAAGAAGAGGAGAUAGGAGAGACCAGUCUACCUAACGUAAUGGAAACAGCCUUUUAUUUUGAACAGGCUGGAAUAGGCUUGAGCAAAGAUGAAUCCUAUCACAUAUUCCUUGCCCUUAAAAAACUAAUUAGUGUUCAGCCAGUGCCCCAGAUCUGUCGCUUCUGGGGCAAAAUUUUGGGUCUGGAGAUGAACUAUAUUAUAGCUGAAGUACAGUACGGUGAGGGGGCAGAAGAGGAGGAAACAGAAGAGGAAGAAGCUAUUGAGGAAGAAGGGAAAGGUAUGACUGAGUUCGAAGAUGAAGAGGAGGAAAAAGAUGAACCACCAAAGUCCACUUGCAGUCAGCCUGAUUGGAUGAUUGCCAGAAGGAAGAAAGUGGAAACUGACUAGGUAACAUGUUCUUACUUUUUUUGUAAUUUAGCUAUAAUUUCUUGGCGGUUGCCUCCAGUGACACCAGCCCAAAUUGUCUGUGCCAGGAAAAUCAAGAAGUUCUUCACCGGUAGGCUGGAUGCUCCCAUUGUGAGUCCUCCUUUCCCUGGAAACGAGGCCAAUUACCUGCGAGCACAGAUAGCUCGGAUCUCAGCAGGAACCCAGAUCUCUCCAAUUGGAUUUUACCACUUUUCGGAGGAGGAAGGAGACGAAGAGGAGGAAGGAGGAAGAGAUACAUAUGAAGAAAACCCUGAUUACCAGCCUAUCCCUGUGCCUGAAAUGGUGGAUUCUCUCUCCAGCUGGGUACACCAUGUACAGAGUAUUCUAAUGCAGGGUCGCUGUGUUUGGCUUAAUCCUUUUCAAAAAUCAGAGGAAGAAGAAGAAGAGGAGGAGAAAGCAGAUGAGCCAGAUGACAUACAGCAAGAAAUAGGACCACCUCUUCUCACUCCACUCUCUGAAGAUGAAGGAAUUCAAAACAUCCCCGCUUGGACAAGCCAGACUUCUACAAACCUGAUCCCAGAAUAUGCAGUUGCAGUCCUCCAGUCUAACCGAUGGCCUGGAGCAUAUGCCUUUGCAUCUGGCAAGAAAUUCGAUAACAUCUACUUUGGCUGGGGUCACAAAUACAGCCCAGAGAACUACAAUCCCACCCUACCACCACCAGUGCAAGCAGAAUACGUCAGUGGGCCAGAAAUCACGGAGACAAGUGACCCCACCCUGGAAGAGGAACUGGCUUUCAAGGCUGCACAGGAAGCAGCCUUAUCUGCAGCUGAGGAAGAGGAGGAGGAAGAAGUUGAGGACGAUGAAGAGGAGGAUGAGGAUGAUUAAGAUACGUGAGGGAAGCAUACGGUUUUUUAACAGUUUAAACACGAAUAGUAAUUUCAUAAAUUAGUCAUUAAUUAGUUGA